GCAAGAUCCCCAGUUGUGCCUGCAUUCCUCAGAAGAAUCCAGUUCAGUGAAAGUAUAAGAAACUUCCCUUGUGACCCACAAUAGCAUCUUCAGCACUGAGUGCUCUUGGCUUCUGCAGAGAAGAGGAAAUGUUAGUCCUGGUAUUGCCUCUUCUACCUUGGCUUCUCUGCCACUCUACAAAUGGUGCUGACUUCCAUGCUAUCAACAUGCUCCAUCUCUCCUACUUCCCAGACAAUAGUUCAGUGGAAGUUGUAGGCAAUGCCACUCUGGAUGGGAAGCUCACUCACAGUGUGGAAGGGCGUAACAAGCAGCUCAGUGUGAGCCAGCUGCUCCCACUGGAGCCUUCCCAUCUCUGGAAGCAGAGGGAGAACCACCUGCGCCUGUACCUACAGCAGUUCCACGACGUGGUCAAUAUGACAGCUCGUGAGAGGAACAUUGCAUAUCCCUUUCAUGUACACUGCAAUCAGGGCUGCGUGAUCUUCCACAAUGGCACCAGCUACAGUUUCUAUGAGGUUGCACUGGACGGGCGUGAUUUCCUGAAGUUCUACUCUGCCAAUGCUACAUGGGUGCCUUUGGAGGCCUCUCCUGCAGCCUUGUAUAUCAGUGGCCAGCUGAACAAAUACAACGAGUCCACCAAAAGCCUACAGUUUUUCCUACAAGAAACAUGUGUUCAGUUUGUGACAGAGCACAGUGAUGUAAACCAACCCUUGACUGGAGAACAUCAAGGGCGCUCACAUACUCCACUGGUGUUGGGCAUCAUCAUGGGUGCUUUUGCUCUACUGGGCCUAGCUGUUUGCAUCUUCCUAUGCACAGGUGUGAAGAGAUAACAUCAAGCACCAUAACAUUAAGAGCCAACUACAACUGAAAGGAAUGUCGCAAAACUCUGUAUUUGUGUUUAAAUUCUCUCACGAAGAAAUAGACCCUUGUUCAUAAAACUUAUAUCCCACACCUCCUGUGAGAUAAAGCUUGGGCAAAGCAACAAGACAACCAACAUUGUAAGGACCUUUCUAUACUUUACCCAGAGGAACAGGCUUUCCACUCUUGCCUUUGCAUGUCCAGACUGUCAACAGAAAGAAGCAACAAAGUACUGUAUAAAAUUAAUAUUCCUGGAUUUCUUUGUGGUUCUCAAGUCACCGCCCCCCAUCUUUUUUUAACCUUUCUGGCAAUGGGAAUUAUUACUACUAGCAUUUAUUUCAUUUCAGUAGCAUGCAGAGAGAUGUGUUUGAUUCAUAUUUUUAAACAGAUGGAGAAGUACAGAGUUCCUUGAUCCAGAAGCAGGCCCUACACUAUCUCCAAAGUGAUAUGCAAAGAAAUGGUGCAACUGAGGACACGUCAGCAGAUCUGUGAGAGAUGGUCCAUUGCAUCCUCUUCAGUUUUAUAAACUGAUUGUACAAAGGCAACCCACAAUAUCUCAGGAACUUUGAGCAAGCAGGAGGGACACAUAAAAGUGGAAUUGGGAGCAGCAGAGAGGCCUCUUUUAAAUAAAUGGAAAGCUAAAAACAGUGCUUCUUUCAUAGAAGUCAUUAUUGGACCUCUACUUCAUGUUUAAUUUUUACUAGAGCACAACCUUGUUACUUCCUUAUCUGAACAUCCUGAGCCUAACUGAAUUGUAAGGCUAAGGAUCCAAUUCACUGAGUUUUCCCAACUACUGCUGGCAGAGUGAAACCUCUGAAGUGUAACUCCCCAGCUUCCCCAUUUGAGCAGCUAUGGGCAGUAGAAGCAAUAAAACCCAUCACUGAAAGUCCUGCAUCUCUCCUUGGGGACCUUUUCCAUUUAUGUAUAUAGGUCUCCCAAGCAAGAACAUCCAAAAAGAACAGGGGAACAGAGGGGAAAGAAUAAUGAAUGUUUCAAAUGCUGGAUUUAAAAAAAAUAAAUCCUUUCAAUUUAUAACAAA